GGAGCCACAACCGCCGGUUGCUGCUGGGAGGGAGCCAGUGGAGGAGCUGGUGCAGCGGGGGAAAAAAACUGCAGCGACACAGGCGGUGGGAGAAGAUGUUGCUUCCACCACAAGGAUGACUUCAAUGCAGCAAACGACCAUCAAGAGAUGAGUCGACAACGCGGCGCAGAAGAAGUUGGAUGUUGCGUGGGCGGAGGCAAUGUCGAGAGCCGAAAUUGCAUUCCAUUUCCUGGAGUUCGACACCACGCAGCAGCUGCACAACGUGUAUCUCGAGGUGGCGAAUGCCAGACCGGAGGUGAAGUUGCCGUCUUCGAAGCACAUUCGGACUGUCAUGCUCGAGUUCAUUUUCAUGCGCAUUCAAAAGCAAGUGGAGCCUUUGACAAAAUGUUGGGAUGUCACCAACUGCACUUUCAUCACGGACGGGUCUAACGAUCGGAGGGAACGGCCUGUCAUGAACUUCUUAGCGGUGGGGGAGCAAAGAGCUGUUCUAGUGGCGACGGUGUACAUGGACGACAAGAAGAAGACGAGAGCAGCAUUGGCGAAACUAUGGGAAAAAAUAAUGAGGGAGAUCGGGCUGCAACGCAUCAACGCGAUUUGCACUGACAACGCGGAGAUGAACAAGAGAGCAACUCAAAUAUUGGAACGACGCACGGACCCCGCGGUUUCAAGGAUACCUUGGGUUCCCUGCGCUGCACACUGCUACAGCUUGCUGCUAAGGGACAUCAGCACGUUGGACUGGGUGAAAGGCACGGUGAAGCGGGGCCACACCAUCGUCAAAUUUAUAAGGAAUCACGACACGACUAACAGUUUCCUGAUGAGUUUGGACUCAUCAUUGACGCUGUUGCGACCGACUGAGGUCCGUUUCGGGUCGGUGUACCGGAUGCUGGAGCGGAUAUACAACCAGAGGGCAGUUUUGAAGGACAUGGUGGAGUCGACGAAUGUGGGGAAAUGGAAGGCGAUGCGAUGGUCUAGCGCGAAGCUGCAAGCGAAAGCGGAUCUCGUGUACUUCACACUGCGGAGGGAUGCUUGGUGGACGGAGCUAAGGAAGGUGGUGGAGAUGAUGGAGCUGUUGUAUCUCCUACUGCGGAGGAUGGAUAAGGACGAGACUGCACCGUCAAACCUUGUGGAGUACGACCGACUCAUGGAGAGGAUGCUGACGGAGGUUGUGCUGACACCGGAGCAACGAAGUUCUGUGCUAGAGAAGGUGAGGGACCGCAUGAAGAUGAUGCGGCAACCGGUGCACGCGCUGACUUUUCUUCUCGACCCGCGGAGGAGAGAUCCGAAGUGGUUGCUGGACCGGGACAGCGCACUUGUGCAGAACGCGCUGCGUUAUUUGCAGAGGCAAAUUGGCGGACCUUGGAAGUCCAAGGCGCACGUGGAUAUAAUGAAAGACCUACGCGAGUUUCACAAGCGACCCACCGCAUGCGACCCCAAGCGGAAGGACAAGAAGAUGUGGGAAGAGGAUGCGGUCGAGGAUGCUGAUACUAUCUUGCCGUCGGAGUGGUGGGCAACACAUGGCGGCGAGGUGCCGAAGUUGCAGGCCAUUGCUAUCAAAGAUGCGGAGGAGGGCGAUGAUCCUCUUUUGGAGGUGCCCGAGGAGGAGAAGGGGAAAACGGAGGAGGAGCAGGCGCUGGAACGGGCCUUAACCAAGUUACCAAAGGGCCGGAUUCCGAAGAACCUCGAAGAAGACGAAGAGGAGCACACGGACGACAACGACUUGGAGGACGAGAUAUGGAAGGGAAAGGCUCCAUGCUCUGAAACGUCUAGCGAAGGGGAGGCAGAAGACGGGUCCGACGAUGACUUUGAGCUGGGAGCGCAGCCCUCAAUCCCGGGCACCACAUAUGUUGGGAGGAGGCGAACAACGCAGUGCCAUCGAGAACGCCCGCCCACAACGCCAUGUCAAGGGACGACUAACACAAGUGCACAGUACUGCAUCCAAUCCGAUGUUGAGCUACCGCAGACGGACACCGACAUUAACAUGGUGCUUCGCCCCGGUCCAAUCGACGUGGAUGAGGAUCGCGAACGGGUGCAAAGGAGAAGGAGAGAGGAGAAGGAGCGGCGAGCAGCUAUACAAACCCGUAGAGAAAUGGAGAAACAAAAGAAGAAGGUUGGAGAGCAUGAACCAGAGCCUGUGCGGGAAAUGGGGCAUCAGGAGGAGGAGGAAGAGAAGGAGAUGGGCCAGCAAGACGAGGAGGAAGAACACGAGAUGGCCCACCUAGUGCAGGAAGAAGAAGAGAUGGAGGAGGAAGAAGAAGAGGCUUGCAUGGAGCAGCAAGAGGAGGAGAUGGAACAAGACAAAGGGAAGGGCACGGACCAGCAAGAAGAGGGGUUGGAGGACCAACAUGCGGAACGGGUGGGAGAGAGCGAGGAGGAGCAGCAGCACGGCGAGAUGGCGAACAGCGAGGAAGAGCUGCAACAGCAACAGCAUGCACCGACGACCGUGUACAAGCGUCGGAAGAAAACAGUGUAACCUGCCGGGUCACUGGAGAAUUCCCCCGAAUUC